CAACAAAUCAUAACCACAACACAACAAAACAAGAGUUGCGUUGGGUUGGGAUUAAUUGAAAAGUGAUUUAAUUUUGUUAGCAGUACCUAUCAAAGCAAGAUGUUGACCUUAUGGAAUUUAUUUGAGGCUUCACUACUAUGCCUCAAUGCUGUCUGUGUGUUACACGAAGAGAGAUUCAUGCAAAAAAUGGGAUGGGGCGCCAAUAGCCCAAAUCAAGGGUUUGAGGAUCAGUCAUCUGUGAAGUUCCAAAUAUUAAACUUAGUUAGAUCAAUUAGGACCGUGACCAGAAUUCCUCUCAUUAUCCUCAACAUAUUAACAAUAAUUUUUAAAUUAUUGUUAGGAUGAAGGAACAAACGUAGAGCAAUACAUUCAGCAAAAGGCAAUAGAAGUUCCAAAUACAUGUUAUACAUACAUAUAUGUAUGUGUCACUGUCAAUAUCUUCUAGCUAUAUAUGUAAGGCAUUUGUAAAUAAACAUUUUGUAAUACAA